AUAUUCUCCAAAAAAUGUAACAGCAAUAAUUAUGUUGACAUAUCUGAUGAUAUUUACACAAACCCAGAUCACAUAAGAUUCAUUUAUUAAUUGUACUAUAACAAAAAAAUUUUAUUUGGCCCAUAAGCUGACUGUAGUCUACUAAGAUACAUAUUUCAAAUAAAAUUCGGAUGAAAGCUAUAUAAUUCUUAAUCUGGCUCUGAGGAUAAUCAAGUUUGAAAUAUAAACUACCGUUUACAUUUUCACUUUCUUUUUAUUUAAUAAAAAAAAAAUCAAAAUCAAACUUAACCAAAUUUACUCUGAAUAGUAUUUAUAUUUAUAAUUAUAUAUUUAUCUGCUUAAUAAAAGAAACGUAGUAAAUUUAUAGUAUAAAGUAUAUAAAAAUCCUACAAAUUAUUUUGCAUUGAAUCCAACAGGGAAAUGUCCCUGUUGUAUUUAAUACUGUAUUAAAUAUUCAUAGGAAAGUAUAAAUCUCAUUUAUUCUAGUAGCUAAUAUCGCCCAACAUAAUAAACGCUGCACGCAACAUCUAACUAUCAUUAGCAUACAAGAAAAUUUUCUUUGAAUUUCAAUUAUUUCUUUUAUUUCCGGACCUAAUAAAUAUACAUUGAUAAUAAACAAUUCACAAAUAGAAUGGAAAACUUUUUAUGCUUUCCAAAUAAAAAAAAAUUUAGUAAGGAAGUGUUUGUUAUCUAUGAUUGACGUUUUAAAACAUCUUUUGUUUUAAUAUGUGCAAACAAUUCAUUGUAAACAUCUUUAACACAGCUCUCAUUUUUGACAUUGGUUUGAAUAAUAUUUGGUGUAUUGCUAAUUCUAACAGUUUAAAGAUCUAUAAAAAUAUUAAGUUUAAUUCUGAUUUUGAAAAUUUGGCCAUCGAUUUAAUCGACAAAUGGAAAAUUACUGCUACAUGUGUAAAUUUAAUUGUUGAUCCUUUUCACGACACUAUUUUAGGUCAUUCGUUUUAUUCAUCUAUUAUUGGAGUAUCAAUUUUUAAAACGCUGCUAGAUGAUUUUGAAGAUAUGAUGUCCCCAAAUUACCAUACUUGGCAAACGUUGAACCAAGUUAGAAAAGAAGGGUGUGAUAUGAACAUAAUAUUAAUACUUAAUGCAGAUCAAGUAGUAAGACUCUUAAAAUUUAACGAUAAGCACAGAAUUAUGGAUUCUAAAACUAAAUUCAUUUUAUUACAUGAUCUCAGACUUUUCAUGAAACAGCACCAUACAUUAUGGACAAAGAUAAUUAAUGUUGUGUUUAUUAGAAAAUUUAAACAAAAGCAAAUCUAUGAAUUGUCUACGGUGCCUUACCCGGCUCCCAUCAAAGGUGCACUGGUGACGCUUCGGUUAGAUUUAUGGAGUAGACGAAAAUUUCAAAAACAAACUGUCUUAUUUAGAGAUAAAGUAUCAGAUUUACAAGGAUAUUCAUUAAAAGUUGUUACAUUUAACUAUAUGCCAUCAGCGGUAAAAACUGUGUCGAAUAUUUCGGAUAACCAGGACGUAAAAAAUAGUGGCUAUGUUAGUGGAUUAGAAAUUGAGGUCCUAAAAUCUUUGGCAAGUGCAAUGAAUUUCAUUCCUUAUAUUUACGAGCCAAAUAACUGGCGUACUGAACAAUGGGGUAGAAAACAAAUUAACGGAACUUUAUCAGGAUUGUUAGGAGAAGUAUGGUCUGCUCGAGCUGACUUGGCUCUUGGAAAUUUACACUAUACGCCAUAUCAUUUAAAUAUUCUGGAUCUAUCAAUACCAUAUAAUACUGAAUGUCUGACAUUCCUAACAUUUGAGUCAAAAACUAACAACUCUUGGAAAACUUUAAUUCUUCCGUUUAAAUUGAAUAUGUGGAUUGGUGUAGUUAUUACACUGUUAAUCGGAGGCUUUUUAUUUUACGCUUUGGCAGCAGCACAUUAUCACAUUAAGCAUAGUGAAGUUUCAAGUGAUGGUUUAAGAAAAACUCUUUCUACUGAAAAUAAUAAAACAUUCCUCUCGUCCACAAUAACAGAACUAAUAAAAGAAAUCAUUGAACAAAUAAAAUUAUUACUUAAAAAGCCAAAAUCAAUUGAGCAUAAAAAUUUCAUUAUUAGUUACAAAGACAAAUCAAUUGAAGAAAAACAAGAUAUGAAAAAUGAGAAAAAUCAUAUAGCUGGUUUAUAUUUAUUUGAAAAUAUAGGAAACAGUAUACUAUAUACUUAUGGAAUGCUUAUGGCUGUAUCUCUUCCUCAAGUACCAACUGGUUGGGCAAUACGAAUUUUAACAGGAUGGUGGUGGAUGUAUUGUUUGCUUGUCACGGUUGCAUACAAAGCUAGUAUGACUGCAAUUCUUGCCAACCCGGACACAAGAAUAACAAUUGAUACUUUAGAAGCUCUUGCUGAUAGUAAUGUUGACUGUGGAGGAUGGGGCGAACAAUCAAGAGAAUUUUUUUUAACUUCUUUAGAUAAAACUGGACAACAUAUUGGCCAAAAAUUUCAAGAAGUAUAUGAUGUUGAUGAGGCAAUUGACCGUGUGUCUAAUGGGCAGUUUGCCUAUUACGAUAAUAUACAUUUUCUAAGGUACAUGAAAGUUGUGCAGAAAUCAAAAAUGUUUGAACAAUAUCAACAAAUAAUAAAUGGUACAUUGAAUAACACAAGAAAUGGAGAUUACACUCUACAUAUCAUGUCAAAUUGUACAAUUAAUAUGCCAAUAUCACUGGGUUUACAAAAAAAUUCUCCAAUUAAACCUGCUGUCGAUAAAUUUUUAAGGAGAGUAAUUGAAGCUGGAUUAGUAGAAAAAUGGUUAAAUGAUGUUAUGUUAGAUACAAUAAUAUUAGAAGCACCACAACAAUUUGAAGAAAUUAAAGCCUUGAUGAACUUGAAAAAAUUAUAUGGGGCUUUUGUUGUACUGAUAACUGGAUACAUAGUUAGUGCACUGACAUUAUUCCUUGAAAAUGCAUAUUGGUAUGGAGUAGUAAAAAAAGAUCCAUUAUUUGAUGAAUAUUCAAUGAACUGUUAUUAUGCAAGAAAAAAAUAAGUACUCAUAUCACAGUCAAAAAUGAUAAAAAAAUUUGUUUAGUCAUGUUUCUUAAUUUAUUGAUAAAUAAUAGUACAUUUUGUAGUUAUUUAAUUAUUCACCAAAUGAGUUUAUGAAUUUAUAAUAUAAUUAAUAUUUUGAUGUAAAAUUAAAAAAAAAAAAAGACGAAGUUAACGUUUUUUGAAUCCAUAUUUUUUCCUUUCAUAAAA